UGUACGUAAAAAUCAACAGUGUUUUGGACACAGGGUUUGACGUUUGACACACGGUGCAUGAAUUGAUUGAAAAUGUGGGCAACUUCAUGGGAAGCAAUGUAGAACGAGAAUGGACGACCUGGAGUUAAAUCCUAAAAUAAUAUCAGCUGUUAGGAGAGCCAAGCUUGCAUCCUUUGCUGCAGUGCUUAACCUGUCACCUGCCGAUAUUGGGCGUCGCACCAAACUAUCAGCUCAUGACAUCCAGACAUUGCUUCAGACUGUCUCAAGAGCAGUCUACAAGAAUCCUUCUGCAACAGCCCUUGAAGUUUACCAAGGAACAUGUGACAAGUCACUGCAGGUAGCCACGGUGAGCACCGGCUGUGGCGUGCUGGAUGAGUUCCUUAAUGGAGGCAUCCUAACGAGAGGCAUCACUGAGAUUGCCGGCGAGAGCGCAGCUGGCAAGACACAACUUUGCAUGCAGCUUUGCCUGAGUGUACAGCGCUCUGUUGAGAAUGGAGGACUGGGUGGAGGAGCAGUCUACGUUUGCACAGAGGACGUCUUCCCGAGUAAGAGGCUUCAUCAGCUCAUUCAGACAUUCCAGGGAAGACUUGAUGCAACUGAAUCUAAACAUCUUAGAUUAGGAGACAACAUCUUCAUCGAGCAUGUAUCAGAAAGGGAUCAGUUGAGCCACUGCAUCAAGUAUCGCAUCCCUCUGCUGCUGCAACAGAGCCAGGUCAAGCUGAUCAUUCUGGACUCCCUAGCUGCCCUCUUCCGCUGCGAGUUCAGCUCUGGGGAGGCUGUGAAGAGAGCCAAACACCUACAGACCCUGGGUGCUAAGCUUCAUCAUCUAGGCAGGGUCUACGGUAUCCCAGUGGUUUGUGUCAAUCAGGUCACUGCCAACAUGACGCCAUCAAGCGCCAACGACAACAAGUCCAACCAGCGCCAACUCAUCCCUGCCUUGGGGCUCACAUGGUCAAACCUCGUCCAGACCCGCCUCAUGCUCGGACGGACGGAUUACCAACUCACGCUGGAUACCAGCCAACAUCCUGAGAACAGGAUCGAGACGGCGAGAGACAUAGGAGAUCCUGAGGGACUCCGUAGUGUGACUGAGGUACCAGUGAGGUCCUUAGAAGUGGUAUUUGCACCGCAUCUACCGAGGGACACCUGUUAUUACGUCGUGGAGGCUGAUGGAGUGAGAGGCUUAAGAUGAACUUUGAACUUAGGAGGAUUUGCAUGAUAAAGUACAUUGGGCAAGUUGGAGUGGCGACCAUUUGUCAACCACUAGUUAUUAAACCAUAAUUACCUAUGCCUUCAAUACAUCAUGGGUACGGGGCAAAAUCACCUAAUGGUAGGCUAUAGUGCCUCGCUUGAACUUGCUCUGAGUUGAACAAUUUGUGCAUCAGGUUGGCCCAGUGGUUUCUUUCCCUGCCUUUCACCUCUGUGGACCGUGAUUUCGAAUCCGGCCUCUGAGCCUUGCUUGCGGAUUGGAUUUUCAGUCCCUACCUGAUUGUGAGGGUUUUCUUCACACUUCUAAAACUGAACAUUUGUUCUAGUUUACCAUUCAUCCUGUUAUUGCUGCUAAUUGUGCUGUUGGAUGAAUGGAAUAAAACUGGUUAAAUUAUGCCUGGUACGAAGAACAAGAUGUCAUCUCGUCUGUGCAACACAGUUUCAGCUGUAUGCCAAAAUUAGUUUUUGUAUUGUACUCUGACAAAGAUGCAAGCAUAGUGGUGACCAGAGGAGUGCCCAGGUGUCUUUUGGAAAAACUUUUUUCAUUUGGACACCUCGUAUUAUCUGUCACUUACAUGUAAAUGUAUUGAAAGUGAACAAUUUUGACAUAAAGUUUAUUUAAGUUUCCAGCAAAUUUUGACACACUUUAACCAAACACUGGCUAAUACCUUUCAUGCCAGAGGUUCAGUGCUAUAAGGUCAUUCGAUGAGGUUGUAGCUCUUACUACAUGUAUUAUUGGUGUUUUGUGUACAUCUUUGAAUGCUUAGGGCAGGCAUGUAACAACCUUGGGAUGUUGCAACUAAGAAUUGUUAUAUCGAAAGGUUUAUUGUGACAUUGUUCCUCUAACAUUUAAAAAAUAAGCACUUUGCCAAACUUGUCAAUACAUUUUAAAUUUUUAAAUUAAAAUAAUGUUAUAAAGAUAGUGUGUUUUUUAGUGCCUUAUGUGAGAAGAAAAAAUAUGUCACCACUGCAUUUUGCUUUAUUCUAAGUGUGAACAUACUUCAUUUGAAUAAAUGUGCAUUGAAAACAUUCUGUCUUUAUAUUAUAAUAAAAGUUAUACCAGUUUGUCAGCUUUUGUUGAAGUUGCCCUUGGAAAUUGAGAGUAUAAUAAAUGGUUUUGUUGAACAGGCCUUUGAAGAAUUUUACCAAUUUGUUCAUUCUAAAACAAAUUGCUUUAUUGACCCUCCUGCUGUACUAGUGAACUUACUUUUGUUAUUGAACCGUAACGUAACUUAGCGUAGGCUAAGAGCAAGAAAGGAAAACCAGACGAACCAAAUACAUCAUAAUAAUAAGUUUUAUCUGUGCUGGUAUUGUUGUUCUAAAAAUAAUAUCUUUGCGCUAUCAAGAAAUGUAUUUCUGCUCUAAAGUCUAUAACAAGAUCUUUGCUGAUCAAAAUUCAAUACAUACAUUACAAUACAAUUUUUAAAGAUGUGUCUUAAAAAUAGUGUUGUUUAUACAAAAAUAUAUAUAUAUAUAUGUAUAAAACAAAAUAUUUACUUAUUUGUUUUUGUAUCGACACAGUGAUGAUUCCACACUUUUGUAUGUUUCUAUACUUUUGUUUUGUAAUAUCGUUAUGUCCUCUAAACAAGUGUCUUUUUUCUGUUACUAAUUUUGCUCAUCCAAUAUACUCCAUUUUCUCUUCUUUUGAGGAUCUUUUACAUCAAUGGGUUAUGGAAGCGUAAACUCCCAUCAUUAAAUUUUCAAAAGGCACCAUCCAUUUAAGUACGACGGUCCCUGAAUUAGUGAAAAUAACAAAACAUUGUUUCAAUGAGUGUUUGCACACAUUGUGCAAGGAUUCCUUUUAUUUGGAUUGUAGCAAAUCAAAGUAAGUAUGAUUUGGGUUGGAGUGGGGGGUCAUUGAUUGCUAAUAAUAUGGAUUGAGCACAAAAUUAAGAGGGAACUGUUUCUCUAAAUGACUAGUUUAAAAUUUACAAAUAGUAAUUUUGUUUCAGAUUUAAACCAUUUAUAAAGGUCUUUAAAAUUACCAGUUCUGUGAUUUGCCUUUGAUUAAUAUUCUCAGUGAUUCAAUGGGAGAAAUAUUAUUUUAUUUUGCUAAUAUUAUAUGAAAUAGAAUGGUUGUACGUUCACAAAACGGUAACGUUGAGAUUCUUGAUCUUGAUACUUUACUGCACAAAUCGCCUCAGAUGUGGCUGUUGACGCAGUCCCACAUGCAUCGCUAAGUUUUGCUUUUUUUCCAACAUAAACAUAAAUGCUGGGACAUCUGGGGCCAUUUUUGCUUCUGG